AUGUCUAAUUCAUCUACGAGUAAUGAAACAAGCCUGUGUGAUUCAAAAGACACAUUAUGUGUGAUACGGGUGUACCAAGUGGAGAUCAUAGUGAUUCCGGUGCUGCUUCUGGCCUUAUUUUUUAUCGGGCUGCUCACUUUGUGUGUUUUAAUGCUGAUUCAAAAGAAGGAAAAGCGCGCCGCCAAAUACCAGAGCUACACACACAAUGGGCGCAAGGUACAAGGACAGAACCGUAGAAGCCGCAACAGCAGACACCACCUGCAGGGUAUUGAUGCUCCUGCACAGUUCAACCCAAUGGAGUUUGAGACUUUACCUAUGACAGAACAAACACGGUACCAGUCCAGAAGCCAACCUGCAGAUUUACAGAUGUUCACUCAGAUGCAGUACAACUCAUUUCAGCAAAUCACCCCACUUCCAGUGACCUUAACAUGGAAACCAGAUCAUUCUGUUACUCUCUACAGAGCCACUGUGGACCAGAGACCAGUUGUAUUACGAGUGCUUAAAGAAACUGCUAAUGCCACUGAGCGUCAUGCCUUCCUGGGCUUUGCCCAAUUUCUGUCAGAACUUGGGCCCCACUCAUUUCUGCCCAGCUUACUUGGAGUGGUGACAGCAAGGGCAUCACUGGUCAUGGUCCUGGAAGAGCUUGAAAACAGAGACCUGCUGGGGUUCUUAUGGAGAUGCAGACAGAAUCAACCUGGUCAGACAUCAUCAUGCCACAUGACGGAGAAACUGAUUUUCAGAAUGGCAGUACAGAUUGCAUCUGCUCUGGCAUAUCUGCACAGUAGGAACUGCACACACGGCAACCUCGGCGCACGGAGUGUCCUUGUGGGUCGUGACCUCUCUGUAAAACUGUGGGGAUUAGGUCCAGCUUUCUGCAGAAAGACGUCUAUGGGAUCAUCAGGGGAGGUGGAGGAAUUAAAGAAGUGGCAAGCUCCGGAGGUGUUAGUUUGCCGACCUGUUAGUCACAGCGGUGACAUAUGGUCAUUUGGCAUCUUGCUGUAUGAAAUGGGGACAUUAGGGGAUCCUCCCUUCCCUGAAAUACCACCCAGUGAACUUCUGCAGUACUUACAAAGAGGGAAAACCCUAAAGAGACCAGCUAAUUGUUCCAGUUCACUCUACUCCAUCAUAAAGGCCUGCUGCCGGUGGGCACCACAAGACCGAGCUCCACUUAAUGAGGUGAUUUCAAAGCUUCAGCUAGGUGAGAGGAACGCCAGUGACAGUGUGGUGCUUCGAGUGCCUGAGCCACUAAAUAUGGAAAAAUACAUGCAUGAAGCGGGUUUCGGGGAGUUCUACAAUUACGCUGUCAUCUGA